AGCCGACGCUAAUGCAAUGUCUCGUCCGAGGGUUUCGACACGAUAUCUACAUUAGCAUACAGUAUGGGUGGCAUUAACGCACCGUGCGGUUGUGUCAAAUGAAAUUCAUGUGCUUUGUCGCGGUUUCAAAUGUAGCCAAAACGAAGUGCCAACUUUGUGGAACGUCGGUCGAUAAAAUGCGAUAUAUAAGUGUGACAUAUAAUGACAAUAUGUGAAUGUAACGGUGAUAUUUUUACGUGUUAGUACAGAUUGCGUACUUGAUAGAUUGGAUACAAUUGGAUUAGAUGCGAUUUGAUUUGAAUGCACAUAAUAUGCAGAAAUGUAUAAAAUAUCCAAAGUACUGUAUCCUUUAUGAUAUUUAAUAGAUAAACAACUUUUUAUGCAAGUUUCAAUUUCAUAGUUAUAUUUUUCGCAGCUUACUUAUAACGCUAAUCAAUUCUCAAUUUCUAAAUUAUUUUCUAUCGCAUAAACUACCCAAUUUAAUGAUAAUGCCUACGAAAAGUCCACUAUAAAUUACAGCAAAAUUAUAACGCAAAUAGUAAUAUAUCUACAAAUAGUAACAUUUGUAAUAUUAAUAAUAAUACAGCUAAAAAUUAUAAUACCAGUAGUAAAAUCUAUAGAUAGUAAUAUUUAUAUUAUCCAACUAUUCAACUUUAUAACUCCAAUAGUAAUAGCUAAAAAUUAUAACAAGAUUAUAGAGCAGAUUUCGAAAACAAAAGAUUGGAGUAUCGCUAUUCAUGUAUAACAAGUGUGGUUAAAAGAGAGACAAAGAGAGAGAGAGAGAGAAAUAUACGGGGGGGGGGGCGCUGCAUACAUACAUACAUAUACACAUACAUAUCUAUAUAUCUAUAUAUAUAUAUGUACGUUGAGCGAAUGCUCCCGCGCUUCUGUAAAAUAAACGUCAGCUGAUCGUGAUUUUAAUGAAAAAGAACGGUAUGUGAAAAUAAAACUUACGAAUAACGUUGGGACUGAUACCUCAUCGAUAUUUAUCAAAUUCAAAUUUUACACGAUUAUUCUAGUUACAUGCAUAUUCUUCUGGACAUUUUUACACUUUAAAAUCUCCUAUAAUUGCAUAGAUAUAUGCAAUCUAUUUAUCGCUGGGUGGGCCAUUUUACAAGUUUCGAUCUUGUAUCGAAUUGUAUCAAAGACGCAGCCAUCAAGAAGAAUCGAUACGUCUUCGAUACUUAUACGAAAAUGUCAAUAUCGAUUUAAUAGCUCUAUUAAUCCAUUAAGGACCAAAGUCGCGAUAACGCCACACAUAUUUUAUUUGUAAUUUCUUCUUAAUCGAUUUACAUUAUUGGAUUCUAGUCAAUUUACACUACUGAAUAGGCAUUUUAAUUGUAAAAAAAACUUCAGAAGUUAUUCAAUAGUUUCUUCGUUACUAUCUUUUGUUCCAUUUAGGCCCCGCAAUUUUAUCAAAUUUAAAGAAACUGAAAUGCUUCACAACGCUAUAAUAAACUAUCUUUCUAACAUUACCAAAUUCUUUUUGUAACUUCGAUUUGUGUAAUGGCUUUUGGUAAUGUAUUCAGUAUUCUAAUACAAAUCUUUGUUACUUGGCAAAACGAUAAUUUACUUUAUUUAUGCUUUUCUAAAUAACCUAACUGUAAGCCGUGCUAAAUGCUGAACACGAUCGCAACGUGAGUAUUUCAUCAUCGAAACUGCGGAAUUUUUGGGCAAAAGAGCUUAACUUCCUAGCUUCUCGGUUUUUUUUAACUUUCUUGGCCGUAAGCAAAAGGUUAUGUUCAUACAUCUUGGGGCACAAUCAUACCGGGUAAAAUCGGCAUAUAAAAAAUUACGAACAACCAUUAUCCGCGAUACCGACAUUCUCUGGUUACUAGUAACCAUCGUCCAUGACUCUCGAAAAUUGUCUUUCGACCUUUCGAUUUCUAACAGCUGGAAAAGUAUACACCGUUUCUUCCCUCUUUUAGUUGUAGAGUACGAUAACUAAUUAAAGGGUAAUUCGAUAUUAAAAAAAUUAAUUUUAUCCUGUACGUAACCAGUAAACUGUUCCGUGGUCGGUAAUGAUCGUAGGUAACUGAAAAAGAAUACAUAUCCGUCAUGGAUAAUGGUUGAAUGGUUACCAUUGGUAACCAAACAGAUCGUAAUCAUUUAUAAUGUUUAUUCACGAUGAAAAUCAUUCAAACUAACAUAUCGAUCGUUAUGCUACAACUUUCUUAGCUUGAAUCAUAAGUGUUACGAUAACUAUCGUCUGCGACUUUGCAUGGAUUUUCCAUACACUUGUUCGAAUCGAAUUGUUAGAAUAUGAGAAACGCGUAUUGCAUCUUGUUUGCAUCGGUCCCAUCGUUACUCGCGUUACUCGCGUAUUAAUCGUGGAAAUGACGAUCGCCGGCAGGCGGCGACAGCGUUGCUACCGUAGAAAGGACUGCAGUCGCGCACGUGUGUCCGUUGAGUGAACGACGCCACGCGGCGAGAGAGAGCCGGUAUCUUUGCUCUGUGCACGUAUAUUUCUUCGCUCUUCUUUGUCGUUUUCACACGUGCAUCAGGCGUGUGCCGUCUCUCGGUAUGCUCGCACCGUUCAGUAAUUUUUCGGCUAUCGACGGACGAGUAUCUCGCGAACAGUAAUUUUGAAAGCGGUGCACACGAUGCCGGACAAAAUCGCGCCAAUGGAGAAGCAAGUUUUGGCGAUCACGAAAGUCAUCAACCAUGAAAACGAUGCGGUGAAAUUGAAAAAAGAACUCGGUUUGCUGGACGGUGUGGCGAUUAUCGUCGGCAUUAUCGUUGGCGCCGGAAUCUUCGUAUCGCCGAAGGGUGUGCUGGAAAAUAGCGGCAGCGUUGGACAGGCUUUGAUAGUUUGGAUCUUUUCCGGCGUUUUGUCUCUGAUCGGUGCACUAUGUUACGCGGAACUCGGUACCAUGAUCCCGAAGUCCGGAGGCGACUACGCUUACAUCAACGACGCUUUUGGACCCCUACCGGCGUUCCUCUACCUCUACGUGGCAUUGUUCGUGCUGGUCCCAACUGGAAACGCGAUCACAGCCCUAACGUUCGCACAAUACAUCUUGCAACCAGUUUGGCACGGUUGCGUUCCUCCGUACGCGGCCGUGCGACUACUCGCUGCCGUUAUCACAUGCUUGUUAACAGCCAUCAACUGUUACAACGUGAAAUGGGCGACCAGAGUGCAGGAUAUCUUCACCGGAACGAAGAUUUUCGCCCUGGUGAUCAUCAUGGUUGCUGGAUUUUGGUGGCUCUGCAUGGGUCACACGGAAAAUUUUCGCCAUCCCAUGGAUGGAACCAAUACCCAGCCUGGCUACGUUGCUCUAGCCGUUUAUUCAGGCCUGUUCUCUUAUUCCGGAUGGAAUUAUCUGAAUUACGUAACCGAGGAGCUAAAGGAUCCUUAUAGAAAUCUUCCAAGAGCGAUUUGCAUAUCAUUGCCGUUGGUGACUGUGAUUUAUGUCCUGGCGAACAUCGCUUAUUUCGUGGUGUUAACGCAAGAUGAAAUUCUGGCAUCGAAUGCUGUCGCUGUCACUUUCAGCGACAAGCUGUUGGGUGUGAUGUCUUGGAUAAUGCCGUUGUUCGUAGCUUGCUCAACGUUCGGGGCGUUGAACGGAGCAAUUUUCGCAUCGUCGCGAUUAUUUUUCGUAGGAGCUCGCAAUGGACAUCUGCCUGCUGCCAUUGCUCUCAUCAACGUGCGAAACUUAACGCCAAUGCCGUCGCUCAUUUUUCUCUGCAUUAUCACCCUGGCACUUCUGAUCAUAGAGGAUGUCUAUGUGCUAAUCUAUUAUGUUAGCUUCGUUGAAGCACUAUUCACUACGCUCUCGGUGUCUGGCCUCCUCUGGCUUCGUUACAAAAGUCCCGAUCGCCAACGACCGAUAAAGGUGUCCAUCGUAUUACCAAUUAUAUUUUUCAUAAUAUGUGCUUUCCUGGUCACAUUCCCCUGCUACGUGUCUCCAUGGGAAGUGGGAGUAGGAGUGAUAAUCAUCUUAUCUGGCAUUCCUAUGUAUUGCAUCUUCAUUUAUUGGGAAAAGAAACCUAAAUGGAUUAUCAGAUCGUCUCACAAUUUCAACAUGAUCUGCGCUAAAUUAUUCAUGUGCGUGCAAGAGGAGAAAAGCGAUUGAUCACCAAGUGCCGUUCUACUAUAAUUAAUGUUUACGAUUACUUUAUAAUUAGUUUCGUAUAGAAAUUUCUAUAAUGUGAAUGUGCGCUACAUCGAUCCAUCGAUUUCUUCGUUUAUAAACAUCGCAAUGACAACCAUGGUUGUUUUAUUAAAAGUUAAACAGAUCCGACUUCGAACGAAAGCAUGCCCGACAUUCCAACGAAAUCUACAAACCUAUGUUGUCUCUCGUAGAAUGUAUAAAUGAACGAAUCGAUCGCACACUUGAUUCGUAUUUUUUAUAUACAUAUUAUGAACGAUAUAUCCAUGAUUUUCAUUGCCUAUAUGUCAAUUGGGCGGUUCAUCGAUUACACGCAACAACAUUUUCUAAUAAUUCGUAUUCGUAACAAUCGCAUAGCAUAAUUGCUAGAUAUUAGUUGCAUUUAACUAGAGGAGAAUCGUCCUCCUCUUUCACUUUCAAUCUCAUCUACUAAAUUUCUCAUUUAUUCAAACUGCUUCAAAGCUACAGGUAUAACGUGAUAAAUAGAUGCACCGAAAAGUAUACACACAAUGAGAAUCUGAGAAAGUCAAUUGCUCAUUUAUUAUAGAAUUUGUAAAUACGUGUUAAGUAGAAUUAUCCCGGACGAAUAAGAAAAAGUGGGAAAGGGAAAAGCAGAAAAGUAAAGGAAUACGUCAACUUCUCUUUUCAGAUAAUUUCCCUUUGCAUUUAAUUCAUUAAUUUCGUUUUCUUAAUUGCCUUAACGACAAAUUUUAACAACUUUUUAUCGUCUCCGAAGAGAUGAUUUUCGUCUCGUUAUGCGACCUCUUUGCCUAAAUGAAACCUAUUUUACAACAGAAUUGUUUGCACUAUUAAACGUUUGCACUUUGUACUUUGUCCUCCGUUGUCAUUCUUACGGUUAACCAUUCUUAUGGUUAAACGACACGAUUUAACGAGAAUUCGACUCGGGAUUCGGGAUUAAACGAUAAAUUACAAAUUGAUGAAUAGAAAAAGGUUUAAGAAAAAGGAGAAAAAUUGUAGUUUCCAAGGUAAUCGAUACUCUUACACGCUUAAAAAAUUCAAAUACUCUUUACUUUUCAUUUUUCCCCGUAUUCUUCUUUGUUCUUAUAUGAAUCAACGAUUAUUGACCACUUUGUACGUUUAACUACAAGGUUGUUUACCGUGUUCUGUAGAUAAUGCGUGUGUAUAAAAUCACAUAAGACUGCAAGAAGUAUUUGUCUCGCGAUAAUACACGUGCUCCGUAUCGUGCAUUGGCUAAAAUUAAUCGACAAUGCAUAAAAUAUUCUCCAUCACGCAAAAACCUAUUUGAUUAAUUCACGGCCGUGCAUUGUUUUAGGUAUCGUUUAAACGCAUUUCACCUAAUCGUAAGAAAAUGUGAAUUUUCCAUUUGUUCGUAAUAAUGAAAAUAAUACGUAUCGGGUAUUAUUUUAUUAAUAGACGCAUAAUAACUGUAAUACAAGCAGUAGAACCGUGUGUCGUAUUUAAACUAUUUAAUUGUACAUACACAAAAUGAAGCGUUAUAAAUUAUUUAUGGCAAUUCGAUCGACUAUAUGCUGUUCGAUAGGUGAACGCCAUGCACCAGCGUUGGUCCGUAAACCAAUCAUAGUAAGUAAUUCUUCCAUUGAUACGUGUAUGUCUCUUUCGUCUAUCGCGCCAUGAUUCUAUUUAGUUACGUUAAAUUAUUUAUAGAAUAUCGAAAAGAGAAAUGAUUAUUAUUCUAUAAUUAACGCGCUGAGAAAGUAUACUUUGUGAUUCACGAUUGUAUUUCUGCUACUACCGUAUGACACGUCUGGUCAAAUAAUGCAUUUAAAAGGUAGGAAAAUUGAACGAUAUCUCGCACACUCGUUAUAUCGAACGAUACCGGUUAUUUUAUAUAAUAUAACAAAGAUAUUUUACAACAAGAUAAUAUUUUAUACCGCUUGUUAGUUGAUCAGCUACUCGUAGACCAACAAAUUCGAUAUUGUAUCGUUAUAAUAACGCCUUCUUAGCAUUUUUUCUAGAGACGUUCCCGAUUUUAACUACGACGCAUAAAUGUAAUUUAGGAUUUAGAUAAUGUGUAUUUUUUAAGAAACAGAAAGCUGUAAUAUGUAAGACACUAGGCCUUUUGAAACACGUCAUAAGCAAUUAAUUGUCAUACAGUGAUAGUAAAUGUGUUCAAAAGGAUAGCGAUCGACCAUGUGCCUUAUGUGUAGCGCGUGUGAAAAGAAUUUUGCGAUUAAAAUUUUUCGAUACGACUACAUUUGUACGCAAAACGUGUUGUUAUAUACUUUUAUAUAUAUUUAAUUACGUUUGUUGCUGUUAAAUUGGUCGUUAUUCGUUUAAUUAGUAGUAACGUUCCGAAUGUGUUGACCGAUCCUGAAUCAUUGUAACGUUAUUUGUUUAAAAAAUAACGAAAAACGUUUUCGUUAUCUUUUAAAAUAAUCGGCGAUCGGGUCGAAGUGACUUUUAGAAAUAAUCGAUUCGAUGAAUUCGCUCGUGUACUAUGAAAACUUGAAAUAUUUCGUAUUAAUCGCGCUUGUCGAGAGAUCGAAAUUAAAACGUACCCGAAUGAAAAUGUGAAAGAAUGACAAAAGCGUAAGCAACGAAUAUCAUGAUAGGUGUAAUAAACGAUUUAUUAUAGUAACAAAUCUUUUUAUUUAAUCAUUUUCUAGCCGUGAUGCUAGAUAGAUAAUCGUUAAUCGUUACUAAUGUUUUCGAUCGAAUAGCAAACUGGAUAUAAUCUUUCAACUGAAUAUCUUUCGCUCAUUUUCAUUUUACGAUCGAUGAUAGAGACAGUAUCAAGUAAAUACAAUAGGACAAUGUAUACUAUAUUUGAGUCAAUUUACAAUUAGCACAGAAUGUCUCGCGCACUCAUAUGCAUAUAUAGAAUAACGUUGUUAAUUUCAGAAUACUGAAAAUUAUAUUAUACAGUGCUAUGAAAUAUAUUUGGAAAUUGGCUAGCAUAAUAAAAGCUAAACUUAACACUAUGCUUUCCCUUUUCUUUUUUUUUUUUUUUUU